UGUCGCGGCGUGACGUCGGUGGUGCCCAUGGCAGAGGGCAGAGGACGGGGCGGAGGGGCGUGAUGGCAUCGUCGGUGGUGCGGGCCACGGUGCGCGCGGUUAGCAAGAGGAAGAUCCAGGCCACCCGCGCCGCCCUCACCCUGACCCCAUCAGCCGUCCAGAAGAUAAAACAACUUCUUAAAGACCAGCCUGAGCAUGUAGGUGUGAAAGUAGGUGUUCGUACAAGGGGAUGCAAUGGACUUUCUUAUACGCUAGAAUAUACAAAGUCUAAAGGAGACUCUGAUGAAGAAGUAGUUCAAGAUGGGGUUAGAGUGUUUAUUGAGAAGAAAGCACAGCUGACACUUCUAGGAACUGAAAUGGACUAUGUAGAAGAUAAAUUGUCCAGUGAGUUUGUCUUCAAUAAUCCAAACAUUAAAGGAACAUGUGGCUGUGGAGAAAGCUUUAACAUCUGAAAUCUCAGGACUACUUCUUUGACUUUAAACAUCACAGGACACUUGCUUUUUGGCUUUCAGAAGUAGAUCAGUUUUCUUCAGAUCUAGGGUGUGUGAAGUCUGGACACCACUAAGAAAAAUGAAAUUGAGUCGUGUUGAGUAUGUAAAUUGUAUGUUAAAUUGCAGCACUGAUGUAUUUAUGCUGUAACUUGUGAUGAGUUGGAAUCUAUAAGGUAAGAACAGUAAGUGCUAUCGUAAUGUCACUGUGCUUUUACAUGCCAAGGAAAUAAAACACUGCUGUUCGUUUCCUUUGCAGUUUUCUUUGUUCACUCAGCUCAUUCCCCAUCCAAAACUGAUGCAAUUUGCAAAAGUAUGUUGCCAGUAUUCUGGCUUGAUUUAGGGGAGGAAAAAAAAAAAUCACCACUUAUAGGUGUUUUAUAUACACGGGCAUACAGUCUUCAGCUUAUAAGUUCACUGAUUAUGUAAAUGCUUACUUUCCUUUCUUAGAUUUCUGAUACUUUCAUGUUUUUGUGUGUAGGUUUUCUGGAACUUACUUUCCUCUAAAUCCAGGGAAGUCCAAAAAGAAGUUUGUAUAUUAGUGUAGUGGUAGGCUGUUGUAGUACUGCUUGUAGAAAUAAUUAAAAAUGUGCUAACCAAAUUUUAAUCCCAUUCCUUGCCUAGUUGAAGUCACAGCCUAUGUUGUACUUAGUGAUUUUCAAAAACAUAAAAUAUAUUCAGGUACUGGAAUGCUGAAGCAGGAUACAGCCCUUGUUCCUCACAUUUCUGUUGUUUAUCUUUUGUGGCUUAAAUUGCAGAGGUGUUAAAACUCAAAAUUUUGAUUCUGUGUUCACAGAGUAUGUUUGUAUUCUCACCAUGCUAUCUGUCUACCAAAGCCAUAAGCUGCUUUUUCUGCAAGAGGAAUCUUCUAACUUUUUUUUUUUAACCAGGUGUGCUGCUGGUUCUGUUAGAACUCUAAACUCUGCUUAGUAACUAUGCAGCACUAGAAUUUUUCACUUUAAAAGCUUACAGUAACUUGUAUGUAACAGCUAGCCAAGGGUUAAUUUAGUUACAGGAAACUGUUUAUCAUUUAAAAAAAAAAAAGCUUUUAUUGAGUAAUUGUUUUAAAAAUAAUUGUCAGUAAUUAAAAAUAUAUAUAUAUAUAUCAGAUUAUUCCUAGUCAGAUAAUUCCCUUUUUGAAGCAGUGUUUUUCAAGCUGAUGAUCUUCCACUGGAAAUCAGGCAGAAGUGUAAGCUUUUCUCCAGUCCUUCCCAAAGCUGAUAGGAGAAAAGUACAGGUCCAUCCUCUUAUCUCUAAUUUCCCUGAUUGAAGAGGGCACUGUGCAGCUAAGUUAUUCCCUUUGGUAGACAAGACAGUAACUUGUUAAUCGGGGAAACUAACCUCAACACUUAGUCAAAAGACUGGGAAUAGAAAGUGGAGGAUUCUGGGGACUGGGCUCUUAGCAUCGUGUACGCUUGCCUGUGAACAACUUGUCAGUUGUGGCAUGCUACAGAUGUAGAAUUGCAGCCAGUUAAUCUGGCUUGAGAAAAUAUGUAGAGGCAAGAAUUAAAAUGAAAAACUUAAAUCAUUCUUGGUAUGUACGGCGUAGUAAUUGGAGGCCAGAAUUUCCAGAGCUAUGGUUUAAUAUUAGAUGCUUGAAUUUUAGUUGUAUACUGUGUCAUCUUCUGAUAUAAAAACUCUUUUUAAUAGUCAACUAUUAUACACAGUUACUUUUCUCCUGAAUUACUUUAUGAAAUAACUGGUGUAACACUGGUUAGGUGAAUUUAUAGUGCCGUAAAUCCUUUCAUCUUGCCAAACAAAAAUCUGGUUAAUGUGAUAGUAUGUCUAAAACUCCAAGCUAAGGGUGUUUCUUCAGAUUACGUUUCUGUGCUCCUUGCUAGCAGAUAUGACUAUGAAUGUAGUAACACUGGCGUUUGCUAAGAGUGCUUUGACUUUACUUGUUUCACUUGUUUUGGUGUGCAUUUGGUUUUGGGGAUGUUUUUGGACCUGUGCACACACAUUAAUCUUCUUCAUGUGUUUCGUGUAUAUGCCUCGAAUGGAAAUUUGCUUUUUCAUACUCUCAUGAAAUAAUCUUUUAAAACGUGUUAAUUUACUGACACAUAACGCACAGUCUGUUAAAAUAAGCUUCUGCUUAUGUGCUAUUUACUGUUAUGUAGGCACAUGGUUUUGUCAGUUGAUACAAUUUUGUGCAAUACUGUAUGUAGAGUUCUGAGUUACAAUAAUAAAUAUUUGCCUGUUGGUAAAUGUGAAA